UUAACAAAAUUAUUAUUACUUUAGGUAUGGUGGUUUCAAUUUAUUGAACAUGUGUUUUAUUCUGCAACAGACUGAAGUUUCUGAUUCAUUGGUCUGGAAUCCUAUAGAUUGUGAAAUUUUAGGUCCAAUUCAUAAUUACUUAAAAGUGGCACCGUGCAUGUUCAGGCCAAAUCCUGAUCAAUUAGAUAUCCAAACGAUAAGUGAACAAGUGACCAAAUUCAAUAUAGUUAGGAAAACCAAGAAGAAUUAUGAAAAUGCACAACUACUAAGAAAAAAAUGGAAAAAAAAUAAAACCGAAAGGAAAUUAAAAAGAGAAAAUGAUAUUUUAUAUAACAUCAAAAAUAAUACGAUAAACACUAGUAAUUAUUGA